CUCGCAAGCCGUGGUUGGAGUGUUAGGAAACAUCAAUUGAGGCUCGUGUUUGGCAGUUUAAGAAGAUUGUCAGUGAAGGAAACACUUGAAGUUGUCUAUCUCAUACCUUAUUUUUGUCUGGGCCUCUUGUCUUGUGUGAGUGGUGAUGGAGUAAAGGGGAAUUUUCUGAGGGAAUUUAUAUUGGUUGCAUCAUGUCCCUGUCCGAAUCCUUAUCCUUGGCGCCAUCACUUCCCCGGCGCAAGCGCAGGUAUAGUGACGGUGAGGGUGACCCCAAUGCGAAUUGUGAGAGGGAAGGCGGUGGUUGGUUCCAGAAUAAGGUGCAUGGCCAAUCCCAGAAGAGUCCAAAUGGUGGCCAAGCAAAUAAGGAGAGAGCUCUCUGAUAUGCUCCUCACCGACAAAGUGUUGCAGUAUGCUAUUCUUCCCGAAACUUCCUUAGGAGCCGACCGUUACCUAUCUUCCCUCACCACCGUCACCGAUGUCCAAGUCUCCGGUGAUCUCCAGGUGGUUAAGGUUUUUGUCUCUGUUUUUGGGGAUGAAAGAGGGAGAGAAGUAGCCAUUGCCGGCUUGAAGUCAAAGGCUAAAUAUGUUCGCAGUGAAUUGGGGAAGCGUAUGAAGUUGCGCUUAACUCCUGAGAUACGAUUUAUUGAGGAUGAUUCUUUUGAGAAAGGAAGCAGGGUGAUUGCAAUAUUAGAUAAAAUAAAGAAUGAGAAGAGUUCAGGGAGUCAAAACAAGGAGCAGUUAAAUUCAUCAACAAAUGAGGAUGAUGAUUGGGAUGGGGAAGAUCUUGAAGAAGGUGUCAUUUAUGUGGAAUAGAUGCCCCCAAUGCAUCAGAACUUGAGUCUGGCGCCUUAGACCACUCGGCCAUCCUGACUAUUCAUGCAAUUAAAGUAAAUAUUGUUUUAUUUAUACCAUUUCCCCAUGUUGAAGUGAUAUUCCACUUCCAGACACAACUUGAUAUAUUCAAGCUUUUAUGUGAGGCACCCAGGUGAAGGUGUAUGAUUCUUGGGGAGAUAGAUUUCAAAAAUUGAUAAAAGAUAUUAAAUAAUUUCUCCUAAACAAUAAUAUUUAAACACUCAUUUUAUUUUCUAAAAUUAAUGUAUACCAUCUUUUAUCACA